CAUUACGCUGAUGGGAGCCGCAAAUGUUGUAACACUGUAAACACCACGGAGUAGUCACUUUUUUAGAAUAGAAGAAAAUUCCAAACAAAUUAUAAGAUGGGUGAGCCGUCUGAAGAUGCUGUCACCCUGGAUCUGCUGAGAGAAGCCAGGGAGACGGUGAGGAACAGCCCCCUGGGUGUCAUCAACACUCCCAUGAUCCCCUGGUGCCAGACCACCCUGCCUCUCAACAUCAGCUGCAACAUCCACAUCAAACUGGAAAACAUGCAGAGAACUGGGUCCUUUAAGAUCAGAGGAGUGGCCAAUCAGUUUGCCAGAAGAUCGAAGGAUGGUCAUUUUGUCACCAUGUCUGCAGGGAACUACGGGAAGUCUUUUGCAUAUGCCUCAAAACACUACGGGUCAAAGGGCAAGGUGGUGAUGCCAGAAACUGCACCAAUAUCCAGAUCCAUUCUCAUACAGAGUUUUGGGGUGGAGGUGGAGCGAGUUCCCACCUCUAGUCUGAUGCAUGUGGUGAACCGUUGCGUUCAGGAGGACAACAUGACAUUUCUGCAUUCAUAUGAUGACCUGGAUUUAAUAGCAGGACAUGCCAGUCUUGGCAUGGAGGUGCUGGAAGUGAAUCCUGAGCCUGAUGUGGUGGUGGUGUGUUGUGGUGGAGGGGGGCUGCUGGCAGGUGUAGCUGCUGCCAUCAAACUGUCAGGCUGUGAUAAGACCAGGAUCUACGGUGUGGAACCAGAAGGAGCCUGCACCAUGUACAAAAGCUUCAUUGAGAAGAAACCAGUGGGCAUGGACACCAAAAGCAUUGCCUCGGGACUUGCACCACCUUUUGCAGGCAGGCUGCCCUACAAGCUGUGCCAGCGAUACGUGGAGGCGAUAGUCCUGGUGAGCGAUGAGGAGAUCAAGGCAGCAGUGUCCGCUCUCUACAGAUCUGGACUCGUGGUGGAGCCGUCAGGCUGCGCUGCCUUCGCUGCCAUUGUUAACAACAAGAUACCUGAGCUGGAGGGGAAGAACAUUGUGUGCAUCCUCAGUGGAGGAAACAUCGGAAAAGACGAGCUCGCAAAUUUCCCCGACUGUCAGAAUUAGUCACAUAUAGGCCCAGAUGUAUAUUUGUUGUGAUGGAAGUGGAGAUGGAUUAUGAUCGAAUAACAUUAGUUUAUGAAACCUUUUUCAUAAAAUGUCAACUCUCCUGAUAAGCAUUUAAGUCUAAACUACAUCAACAUACAUUUCAUUUCAAUGGAAAUGUUGCUUUCUCUGGUGAGUGGAACUGCAGUCUCUUUUAAUAAACGCCUCAAUCUCA